AUGAAUUCCAAUUUAAUUUAUAUAUAAUUAAUUAAAUUUUAUAUUUAAAAUAUUAACCUUCAAAAUUACAUUUAAAUAAUUAAAUUAUUUUAAAUAUUAAUUUAUUUGAGCAACUUAUUAUUUUAAGAAUUGUUUUAAAAUUUCUUGAUUAGAGUCUAAAUAACUAAUUCUUUUAAUUUAUUUAUUUGCUUUUUAUUUGUUUAUUUUUAUUCUUCAUGGGUUUUUUUUUUGUUUGUUAAUUUUACUUAUUUUUUAUUUUCAACUUUCACUUUUAUUAUAAAUUAAUUCAUUACUAAUAAUUUCAUAUUUUUUUUAAUUUAUUCAUUCUAAUUAUCAAUUAACUCUUUAUUUUUUCUUUGUUAUUUAAAAAGUCAAAAUUAAAUUGGUGGAACUGGUGCAUCAGGCUUAGGAUUUGGUUUAUUAAAGUGCCCUAAUCUCUCAAAUUUGAAACUUGGUCUUCGUGAAAAUUAAAUUUGUGACUAUGGUAGUUCAGAUUUAGUUUCAAGUUUAGUAAAAUGCAUUCAUCUCUCAAAUUUGACACUUAGCCUUGAGAAUAAUAAUAUCAAUAAACCAUAAUAAUUGAAAGAAAAUAGCAAAUGUCUGAAAUCAAAAAGACUAGUUGACUAUAAAAUAAAUUUCUGA